UACAGCAGCAUUGCCCAGCAAUCAAUUCAUUCUGCUCACCGGACGGACGCUGGAGGAUUUAUCCCCAUUGCUGUUGGAGCAACUGUUGGAUUAGGAGUUGCCACCGUUGCUGUCCCAGUAGCACUCGGGGCAGCCGGCUUUACUGGAGCAGGCAUUGCAGCUGGGACCCUUGCUGCCAAGAUGAUGUCAGCAGCGGCCGUAGCCAAUGGAGGAGGGGUAGCCGCUGGAAGUACUGUGGCAGUUCUGCAAUCCGUGGGUGCUGCAGGACUUUCUCUUGCUACCAAAGGUGCGGUGACAGCUGUUGGGGGAGUACUUUCAUUCUUCUAUCCAAAGUGAAAGCUACGACUGCUCUUCCCUCUUCCUCCUGCAGAAACAGCCGCUGCAGCCUGCCUCUUGCUUGUCCUGCCUUCUCCACAAACAGCCCUUACAAUCGGUUUGGCUGGUGGCUGAAAUGUGAGAAAACAAUAAAAGCUUUUUGCUGAUUUAAA